AUGAGUCUUACCUUUGCUUAUGGGAUAAUAUCUACUGUUAUAACAACAUGUUUUUUGACAGUUCUAUUCUUAUGUUCCCUAUGGCAUAACUUGGUCGCCGCGCGUUUUAAAUCAAAGGAUCCUCGCGACACCAGGAGCUCUCACCACAAUAUCAAGCCUAGAAGGAGUUCUAGAAACUCUUCUGCGGGAUCUGGUACUCCUCUGGCAAUUGAAAUUGACCGACUCAACAAUAUCGAGUUUGACCAUAUCAUCACCAGUCCAGACACAAGACCUGCAACGGCCACGUCAACUGCACCGGCACCGGCACCAGCAGCGACAAGGGAUGGUGAUUUCGAGCGCGGCAGACAAGGAGAUAAUCCUUUCAGCGAUAUACUGAGUGCAGAGGAUCCCAACUUAGUGCCAGACCUGAAACAUUACUACUCACAGUACGGCAUUUUAAUUGAAGAGUUCGAGGUAGAGACAGAGGACGGUUUUGUUUUAGACCUAUGGCAUUUCACUGAGGCAGAUAGAGGUAUUGUGUCGAGCAAAAGGCACCCGAUGCUGCUCCUACAUGGUCUGCUCCAGAGCUCAGGGUCAUUUGCCUCAGGGGGACGGAAGUCUCUCGCCUAUUACUUUCAUGAGUCGGGUUUCGAUGUGUGGCUAGGGAACAAUAGAUGCGGCAUCAAGCCCAAGUGGAACCAAAAGACAGUAAAGAGCGGUGAGAAGUGGAACUGGGACAUGCGGGAAAUGGUGAAGUACGACCUGCGAGCUCUCGUUACUUCGGUGCUAGAAAAAACAGACAAAUUAAAGCUAACACUUGUGGCGCAUUCGCAAGGCACAACCCAGGGUUUCAUGGGUCUUGCAAAUGGGGAAGGACUAUUUGAAGGAGACUUCCAACUCAUUAAUAAAGUGGAGAAUUUUGUUGCUCUCGCACCGGCAGUAUACCCUGGCCCUCUGCUCCAAGAAAAGCUCUUUGUGAGAUUCAUGUCGAGGUUCAUUGACUCGCCAAUAAUUUUCGGUAAGCGGUCAUUCAUGCCGCAAAUGAUGGUGAUGCGAUCACUCAUGGUGGGGCAAAAACUGUUUUCGUUUCUGUCUUACGUUAUGUUUAAUUACCUCUUUGAUUGGAACGAUACCCUAUGGGACAGAACUCUUAGAGAUCGUCACUUUUUAUUCUCUCCGGUCAACAUUUCUGUGAAGUUGAUGGAGUGGUGGUUAAGCCAAGAUUUACGGAGGCAGAGCUUCAAGACCUAUGGGGAUUGUAUUUUUCCAGAAGAAAAGAUCUGGUUUCCAGUCGAAGACGACCCUUACUGUCAUAACCUGCCGUACCAUACAAAUAGAGCGAAAGAGUCGGCAGAAGAAUACCCUCGUAUACUCCUGUUCGUACCUAAACAAGACCGACUGGUAGACGGGGAACGUGUCAUUAAUCAUUUCGCCAAUUUCGAACCACAUUCUCUCUACAAAUGCUGGUAUAUUGACGAAUACUCACAUCUGGAUGUCCUAUGGGCGCACGACGUCAUUAGCCGGAUCGGGAGGCCCAUACUGGAUAACAUUCGUGUUACAGAGGAUGUCGCUUAA